CAAACCCAACCCUCGUCCUCGGUCCUGCACAAAUCGCUACUCUUCUUCCACGCACUACUAGCCCCCCACCCCCCACCGUCUUCUUCCUCCCUUCCGCGCCGGGACAACCACCAUAAACCCUAGAAAUCCCGUUUCCGUGAACCCUCUCUCUUUCCCGUUGGACCUCGGUUGCUUCCCUCCUCUUCGCGCCAAAAAAAUCCCUGCACCGCGGCGUCAUGGACCUCCAGAGAGCAAUGUUGGACGAGCUCAUGGGCGCAGAUCGUAAUUUGACGGAGGACGAGAGGAAGGAUUACAAGGAAAUAACAUGGGAUUCCAAGGAAGUAUGUCCGUACUACAUGGCUCGAUUCUGCCCUCAUGACCUCUUUGUCAACACUAAGAGCGAUCUCGGGGCAUGUGAUAGAGUCCACGAUCCGAAGCUCAAGGAAAGCUUUGAGAAGUCUCCGAGGCAUGACAAGUUCUUGCUCAAAUUCGAGUCCGAGCUUGCUCAGCGGUGUGAUAAAUUGGUGAUGGAUUUGGAUAGAAGAGUUAGACGUGGUCGCGAACGUCUUGCUCAAGAUGAAGAACCUGUACCGCCUCCUCCACUAUCAGCCGAGAAGUCUGAACAAUUAGCUGUGGUUGAAGAGAAGAUAAAGAAUUUGCUGGGGCAAGUGGAGGCCCUUGGUGAGGCUGGGAAAGUUGAUGAAGCUCAAGCUCUUAUGAAAAAGGUAGAUGAAUUGAAUGUGGAGAAAGUGCUGAUUCAAGCACAGGGUGACAAAUUGCCGCUGGUCCUUCCGGAGAAAAAGAUGGCCUUGUGUGAGAUCUGUGGUUCUUUUCUGGUUGCAAAUGAUGCUGCAGAGAGGACACAAUCUCAUAUAACAGGGAAGCAGCACCUGGGCUAUGGCUUAGUUCGAGAUUUCAUCAGUGAGUACAAGGAAGCUAGGGAAAUGGCAAAGGAAGAGGAAAGAUUAGCAAAGGAGAAAGAAGCUGAAGAACGAAGGAAGCAACAGGAGAAGGAACCUGACAGGAGUCGAAGGAGUGUAUCGGGUGAAAGGGAUCGCUAUCAGGACCGAGACAGGGACAGAGAGCGGGACAGAUACCGUGACAAUGGAAGGUCAAGGGAAAGGAAUGGUAGAAAUCGGGAUGGUGGAAAGGGUUCCAGGAACGGAAGGGAUAGGUACUAUGAUCGGAGCCGGUCACGGUCCCCUGGGAGGCACAGUGGUAGAAGGAGGUCCUCGAGAAGUCCUGCUCGUCCGUAUUAGUGGGUUCAGUAGAUAGAUGUCUGAGCUUUUAGCUAUCCCAUGAGGUAGUCAUUUUCAAUCUCAAGUCUUCUGAACCAGUGCUUUGGAGUCCUACAGCUAAAUCAUCAUCUUGGAUGCCAAAAUUUUCUUUCUUUCUAUAUCACAGCUUUAAUGAGACUGUACCCCACUUUCAUCAGUACUCUUAAGAGGAGAACUUGGUUGAGGUAGGUAUAACUUGAAAUUUGUGCUACUCGUGUGUUUACCUGAAGCUUGGAUGAACUUUAUGCCAUUACGGAACAUCGAUGUUAGAGGUAUUCUCCUUCAUUUCUCUUUCUGUGUCAUUUGAUGACAGAUCUGUUCUGAAUUCUGAUGGGGCGGACUCAAGAUUAUGUUGUUGAAUGUCACUACUGCUAUAGAAUGAUGAUAUAUUACAUGUCUUAGUUUAAAGGUAACAAAUUAAUAUCAUCUUUCUUUCAUGACCAUGACAGUGAAUUUUCUUGGUCCUCAUAUCGUGGAUUUUGUAUGUCAGCUCAGCUAGAGUGGAGGUUUGCUGGAUGGUCAUAGGUGUAAUGGCUUCUUUGCCAUUUUCUUGUUUCAACACCACAAUGGUCUCAAUGGCUUAAUGUCCAGGCAUAUGAGCUGGUUAUGGGUGGUACCAGAACUUGCUAAAAAGGUUAAACCAGCUUACGGACUAGCACCGGUGUGGAUGUGCGUGAGGUAAACUUAAAUGCACCUAUGAUAUGUCUGCAGAAUGGCUGUACUUGUAUACUAGCUUGCAGGAAAGAUAAGCGCUUGGGUGAAAAAGCUGGAUGAAAUAUGUUGAUAGGAAGACGACUCUGGCUUAUUUGAUCCGACCUUCUGUUCUGUAGCAUAAGUGUGAUGGAAUAGAACCCUAAUGAACUUGGCUAUUUGUACUGCCUUGGCCAUCAAUACAAUGUGACUCUAAUUUAGUGAGAACCAGUCAUGGAUGGGAGGAUUCACCUUCGUUAUCUAUUUCGCUUACUGUGACGAAAUUUGUUGUCAAAGACUGCAGCAAUUUGCUAAUGUUCAAUACAGUGCUUACAAUGUGGUA